AUGUGCUUCCUCACCCGUGGGCUGGCGUUGCUGCUGGGUGUGCUGCUGUGGCGGGCACUGCAUGGGGCACCACUGACCGAGCUCUCAGGGGACCAGGACUUCCAGCUCUUCCUGCAGAGGAACCUCGAGUUCACCCGCAAGAUCCGCGGGGAUGUGGCUGCGCUGCAGCGCGUGGUGUGUGACACCCUCCAGCUGUGCAAGGAGGAUGAGCUGCUGCUGGUGCGGCAGGACCUGGACAUCGCGCAGGCGUCGCUGGAGCAGUGUCACAGGCGCACCUUCCAGGCAGAGACCUGCUUCAGCCAGAUCCGUGCCGGGCUCCGUAUCUACCACGGCUCUCUGGCCACCAUCCAGGCCCUGCUGCCUGGGCACUCUGGGCUGGUGGAGACCCUGCAGCUGGACAUGGCCAACCUGUCCUCCAACAUCCAGCAGCAGAUGGAGGACCUGGGCCUGGCCACAGUGACAUACCCCACAGAGAACCAGGACCCCCUACCCACCUUCUCCUCCCACUUCCACCAACAAGUCGGUGGCUUCUUCAUCCUGGCCAACUUCCAGCGGUUCCUGGAGACGGCAUACCGGGCACUGCGGCACCUCACCAGCCUCUGACCCCUGGUGGUGGAUGUCCCACCUGAGGGACAUCCCAGGAGCACCCCCGUUCCUGCUUAUUUAAUAUUUAUGGCUAUUUAAUAUUUAUCUGUCUGGGGAUGCUCCCCCACCCGCAGCACCGGGCAGGUGCCAGGGGAUCCUACAGUGGAUCCAUGCACAGGUACCUGUGCAGCA